AUGCGUCCUUUAUACUAUGCAAACUAUGAAUUCUCUUAUCGUUGGAGUUACUUAAAUGGAUAUAAUACUGCAGUUCUACGUCUUUGGAAAGAGAGUCCAUCUUCUGAAAUGGUGAUUCGUGGUGCCAUAAAAAAUAAAAUGAACUUUCAUCCCUUGAAUAUUAGAAAAUACUUGUCUACUCAUAAAAAGUCUACUCAUAAAAAAUCUACUCUUCGAGAAACCAAUAAAUUGAUUUACAUGCUUCCACCUGGAUUAUUUGAUCCUUUAUGGUUGAAACGGGAUAAUAAACAGCCUUUAUCUGUAUUAUCUCCAAAUCUUAGUGAAUUUGAAGAUGCAUUCAAUCCUAAUAUGGUCACUGACGAAAUUCCCGGACUUGAUCCUACAACAUUUGAUGGAUCACCUUUGAAUAUUCGAAAUAUAGAGGACUUUUUUCGUGGUGCUUUUACCUAUCAUUGGCAUAAUCAAUGGAAUACUAAUAUUCAUCCAACAUCUUGGAUUGGUGUUAUACAAACUGCUUACGAUGAUUUUUUGAAUGGUAAACGAAGAAAUUUAUAUAAUGAAUAUAUUUUUGAAAAAUAUUGA